AGAAAACUAAAAAAAAUAAAUACUAAAAGAGUAGAAUAAUAUUCUAUUUGGUCAAUCACAAGAGGUAAGUAGGGUAAGCAAUUCAUAAUUUCAUAUGUGUAUUUUCAGAGGACCCUUUCUCUCUGACGUAACUACCUGAAGGCGAUACUAACUAAGCACUUCCCUUUGGCCUCAAAAAGUUUCGAAGGAGUUUUCUAGACCAGGCACAAACACACUCAAAGAUUUGGCAUGAAAAUGGAACCUCAAUUGAAUAUAAUUUUUCUUCCAUAUCCAACUCCUGGCCACAUGAUCCCAAUGGUAGAUUCAGCAAGACUAUUUGCAAGGCAUGGAGCAAGUUCCACCAUCAUCACUACACAAGCCAAUGCUUCAACAUUCCAAAAGGCCAUAGACAGCGACUUCGAAGCCGGAUACUCAAUCAGAAUCCAUGUGAUUCCAUUCCCUGCAUCUCAAGUUGGUCUCCCUGAAGGUGUUGAAAACAUUAAAGAUGGCAAUUCACUAGAAAUCAUGGGUAAAAUCGGCCGCGGAAUACACAUGCUCAGAGAUCAAAUUGAGCUCCUCUUUCAUGAUCUUAAUGCUGAUUGUUUAGUCACAGAUAUGUUAUAUCCUUGGACAGUGGAUUCUGCUGAGAAAUUAGGAAUUCCAAGGCUUUACUUUUACAGCUCGAGCUACUUCUCGAAUUGCGCUAGCUAUUCUGUUAGGACUCAUAGGCCUCAUGAUGGACUUGAAUCUGAUACAAGCAAGUUUUUGAUUCCGGAUUUGCCACAUAAAACAGAGAUGACUUCUCUGCAGCUUGCAGAGUGGAUAAGGACUAAGAAUAACAGCACCGCACAAUUUUUCGAUGCAGUGUUUGAAUCUGAGAAAAGAAGCUAUGGUGCAGUGUACAAUAGCUUUCACGAUCUUGAAAAUGAGUAUGAGGAACAUUACAAGAACAUAAUGGGGAUCAAAGUUUGGAGUAUAGGACCAGUUGCAGCAUGGAUCAAUAGUACUAAUAAGGGACAAAAACAUGAUCAUGUAGAAGAAUUAGAGCCCAAAUGGUUAAAGUGGCUUAAUUCCAAGAAAAUUGGUUCAGUUUUGUAUGUUUCUUUUGGUAGCCUAACUAGGCUUCCUAAUGCUCAAGUUGCUGAAAUUGCUCAUGGACUUGAAAAUUCUGGUCAUGAUUUCAUUUGGGUAAUUAGGAAAAGGGAAAAUAAUGAUGAUGACAAUGAUGGAGAUAGUUUCUUGCAUGAUUUUGAGGUUAGGAUGAGAGAAAGCAAUCAGGGCUAUAUUAUAUGGAAUUGGGCUCCACAGUUGCUAAUAUUGGAACACUCUUCUAUUGGAGGAAUUGUGACACAUUGUGGAUGGAAUUCAAUUCUUGAAAGCUUGAGUUUUGGGUUGCCAAUGAUCACUUGGCCAAUGUUUGCUGAGCAAUUCUACAAUGAGAAGUUGUUGGUUGAUAUGUUGAAGAUCAGCGUCGCGAUCGGGGUGAAGGAGAACAAAUUGUGGGUGAGUUUGGGUGAGGAAGAUGUGGUGAAAAGGGAUAUGAUCACAAAUGCUGUGAAAGUUUUGAUGGGAAGUGGUGAAGAGAGCAUGGAAAUGAGGAAGAGAGCAAAGAAGCUUGGGGAUGUUGGCAAGAGGGCUAUAGAGGAAGGGGGAACAUCUUACAACAACUUGAUUCAGUUGAUACAAGAGCUAAAAUCAUUGAAGGUAUCAAGGGAACUUAGCAAAAGAAAAUUGGAAAAUUAAAAGUUUCAAACGGUUGGUGGAGUGGAUUUAUACAUUGAUGUAAUAUCUUUACUAUCAAAAUGUCAUGCUUCCGAUUCUGAUAAUAAGAAGUAUUACGACGACUUUAUAUAUUUAAUAAUAAAACGCCUUUGACUCAUAA